AUGUCUCUCUUCGGCGACGAUGACAGCAACACGCCGCCGCGCCCAGGACAAUCGUCGUCGCUCUUCGACGACGAUCCCAAGCCCGCGGGCAGGCCGGGCAACAGCUUGUUUGCAGACGACCUUGGUGACAACGACUCGCCCUGGGCAUUCCCCACGCCCAAGAAAGCUGGCCGCGAGGCGCUCGUGAGGUCGCUGCUCCCGCCCACCGACGUGCCCGACUCGUACAUUGAUGCAUUCGACGCCCUGCUCGACGCCGGCCAUGGCCACGGCAAUGGCGUCAGUCUUGAAGGCGUGAAGCAGCUGCUGGCUGACAGUGGCAUUCCUGCCCACACCCAAUCCAAGAUCCUUGAGAUUGUGCUGCCCGCCGGUGGAAGCGCCGAGCUGGGUAGGAGCGAGUUCAAUGUUGUCUUUGCCUUGAUUGGGCUGGCCCAGGAGCACGAGGACAUCACCCUCGACAGCGUUGACGAGAGAAAACGGAAUCUCCCCGUACCCACUGUAUCCCUUCCUCAAUCCGCAAAGGCCCGCGACUCGUCGCCGGCUCCCGCUCCUGUCUCUGCAUCGACCUCUGCGUCUACUGCUCCUCCUCCACCACCACCACCACCACCGCAGGACCCCCAUCCCCCAACUCCUCCAGCUCCUCAGCGCCAGCCGACCCAGCAACAGCAGUCGCCGGCUGUAAACAAGUCAAGCGCGCCCAUGCGCAAGCAAUCUUUCGGAGACCCGGAGGCGGAUCCGUGGGGCAGCCCUGACCUGCACAGAGGCCAUAACCACGCCAAUUACACCACUAUACAACACCAGACCAACGGCUCUAGCAUCCACACCAGAGGCCGCACUACCAGCCAGUUCACCACCCACUCGACCACUGAAUCGGCAAAUCCCCAACCUGUCCAGCCCAGUUCUUUGGGCAGCGAAGGUGGUUGGGGAGGAUAUAAUGGCGGUGCAAGCCAACCCUAUGCUGCCCCCACUAUGGGAGACGGAGGCUUUGGUGCUCCUACGCGUCGAGAAGUUGCACCUAAUGCGCCACCGGAGCUGGGCACGUCAAUUGGUCGAUUGCCCGGCGCGUCUGGAAACGACGAAGUAAUCACCAUCACUGCCCUCUCGGAGAAAGAGGGCGUCUUCAUGUUCCAGCACCGCAACUAUGAAGUGGCCAGCUCGCGACGCACAACAAAGGUCGUUCGUCGAUACAGCGAUUUUGUCUGGUUGUUAGACUGUUUGCACAAGCGGUAUCCGUUCCGACAGUUGCCAUUGUUGCCCCCAAAGAGGGUUGGCAUCAACGGCAACCCGAUAGCCGCCGAUGCUACUUUCCUUGAGAAGCGAAGAAAGGGUCUGGCACGAUUCACAAAUGCCCUUGUGCGCCAUCCGGUCCUCAACCAAGAGCAAUUGGUUGUCAUGUUCUUGACUGUGCCUACGGAACUUGCGGUAUGGCGUAAGCAAGCCAACCUCUCUGUGCAGGAAGAAUUCACCGGCAAACCCCUUCCUCCGGAUCUCGAAGACUCCCUACCAAAGACCCUGCCUGAACUCUUCGACACGGUCAGGUCAGGCGUACGACGUAGCGCCGAAACCUACAUUACCCUCUGUAACAUGAUGGAGCGCCUCUGUCGCCGCAAUGAAGGCAUGGCAGCCGAAUACCAUCGCUUCUCCUCGGCACUCAACGGCCUCACGGAAGCAAGCCACGACACAUAUGCUGUGGAUACCAACGACGUACCGCUGCUGAACGAGGGCCUAAGCGCUACAGCACGGCACCUCGAUUCGAGUAAACAGCUACUCGAGGACGAAGCAAGAGGCUGGGAAGAAGGCGUCUUGGAAGACCUCAAGCGCCAAAGAGACACCCUCGUCAGCGUAAGAGACAUGUUUGACCGCCGAGACAAGUACGCCAAAGACAACAUUCCCCAACUGGAACGCCGAAUUGUCAGCAACGAGGCCAAACUGAGCAAUAUCCGCAACAAACCCGACGCCAAGCCCGGCGAGGCGGAAAAGGUCGAAGAGGCCAUUUUCAAGGACAAGGAAUCCAUAGUCCAACAACACGCCCGCGGCGUCUUCAUCCGCGAAUGCAUCCGCGACGAACUCUUAUUCUUCCAGAAAUCCCAAUAUCACAUUUCUCGCCUCCAUCAGGAGUGGGCGCAGGAACGCGUCAAGUAUGCGGAGCUCCAGGCGGAUAAUUGGCGUGCGCUUAGUGAAGAGGUGGAGAGUAUGCCUGCGGCUGAGUAA